UCUGAUCUCAGAGUUGUGUACUCACCUUGUAUUUCGUUAACUGUCAAAUACCUUUUGGCUUUGGAGGAUGAAAAUGAAAUUAAAAAAUCUGUUUACCCAUGCAUAAUUAUUUAAAAAUAUUUCUCAAAUUUUUGAUCACUUGACAAGGGGAGCAUUUACUGACUUUACCCAAAAGUACUUUAACUCAUGAUUUUCCUGCAUGCCAGCAUCUUAAUUUUUGCUUUGUUUCACUGAGGGUGAUUUAAUUGUGAGCAAAUGACUAUGUGGGUUUUGAACUGCCUGAACCAAUGGAUACCUUUUCAUUUUUUUUUUUUUAAUACUUUCAAAAGAAAGUGUGGAAAAGGGCAGUAAGUAGGAGUCAGAUACAGCUUCCACACAAGGAAAGCUGAAAUAGCAGUAAUUGAAGAAGGAGCUUCUGCAUUACAGGGGUAGAUAGGUACAGGUUAAUUUUUUUAAUUAACUAUUUUAAUUUUAAUUUUUUCCUGAGACUAGGUGAUUUUUGAUAGGCUGGCUGUUCUUAGGAUGUUGUUAUCUUGGGGUUGUCAUGCACACAUAAGCAGAAAAACAUAAACCAGGAACAUAAAUCCAGACAUUUAGGAAGUGGUCUUAGCUCAACUUACUUGAUGUUGGAUACACUUCAUUCAGUGCAGAAUGGUCGGAUUGUGGCUUUGAUGAGAUUAGAAGACCCCUCUAGGAGCAGAUUCCCUGUUGAUCAGUCUGUGUGGAGCUGUGAACUUGUGUGAUAUGACCUGGAAGCAUCUGAAACUUCAAUUUCACAAGCCUUGGCUUCAAGCAACAAGUUAUAAGAUACAUAUUUCUUAAGAUAUAUCAGUAACAUUCAUCUGUAUCCCAUAUCAACCCUUUCUUAUGUUCAAGCAAAACAUCUGCAUGUCCUCUCGUGUAACACUUCGACGUUCUUUCUGUAUCGACUCUUCUGCCUUGUCUGUAGGUUAUCCAGUUCAAAUCCAGAGGACAGGAUGGGUUAACAUCAUCUGGACUGACAGGGACAACUGAAAACUCAGGCAAAAGGGGAACAGGGCUGCCACCUCAAAGUGGUGUUUGGUGCCACUGAGCUGGGUUGGGUUUCUCUGGUCUCAGUUUACCUCAUGGUAAGAACCUUGGCGCUGAAAAUGAGAACUAAUUUCCCUCCCACUGAGAAGAAGAGAUCAUUAUAAGUGUGUGCAAAGCAUACCAUUCACUGGUAUGAAUGCAAAGAGAUUAAAUGUCCUCAUGAAAAAAUUAAAAGUUCUUUCUAGAACGUAUACUCCUGAACAAGCCCUGUGUCACUUUUCUUACAGAGUCCCUCCUCCUCUGAAGGUGUGGCUGGCUCUGGCUUUUAUUUCCAUGCUCCCCCCAAAAAAGACAGAACAAAGCUGCUAGGAGCAGUAUACCAAUUUAGAACAACUUGGAUCAAUAAAUUUAUAGGUUUGAGAUUCUGAACGAGGACUCUCAUCAUUCCCUGUGCAGAAGCAACCACGAAGUGGAUGUAUUUUAUAGUCUCCUCACUUCAAGUUAUUGUUGCACUUUGGAAGGGUGAGCUCCAAGACUGAAGGCAGCAAGAGAGAUGCUGGUACUUAACUGCUCCAGGAAGCUGCAGAUGCUUGAGAAAAUGUUAAGGAAGAGUUUUCCUGAGUCCCUUAAGGUUUAUGGAGCUGUGGUGAACAUCAGCCGAGGGAACCCCUUCAGGACAGAAGUGGUGGUGGACUCAUGGCCAGACUUCAAAGCUGUUAUCACUCGGCCACAGAGGGAGAAUGAGAUGGAUGACCUUGACCAUUACACCAAUGCUUAUGCAGUUUUCUACAAGGAGCUGGAGGCUUACUGGGAGCUACUGGAAAACACAAAUACCAUCAAUUGGGGACAAAUUUUUCAGAUUCAAGGGCUCCAGGAUGGAAUAUGUGAAAUAUCCAGGACUGUGGCUUUAUCCAAGCAAGUAGAUGUGAAGACAUCCUCUUUCCAGAUGGUUAUUCAUCCAGACCCGGACAUGCUGCCAGAUGUCAAACUUUGGAUGGACCCCAAAUUGACCUUGGCUCACCUGGGUGUCUCCCAUGCCGGCCUGCUCAGCAAAACCUGGUCACGGGGAGGCAACCCAAGGUGCCAGAAGUAUCUUGCUGGCCUCAUUUGCUGCUUCCCCAGUGCCUGUGUCUUGGAUGAACAUGGGAAUCCCCUCUCCUGGAGCCUGACAGACCAGUUUGCCACCAUGAUUCAUAAUUACACCCUGCCAGAGCAUCAAAGGAAGGGUUACAGCAGGCUUGUGGCUACUACUCUAGCUAAGACAUUGCACAGGUGUGGCUUUGCAGCUCAGGGUAAUGUCCUGGAGACAAAUAUCCCAUCAAUAACAUUGCUGAAAAGCAUGAAUGCCCAGUUCCUUCCCUGCUCAUUUUUCAGAGUGAUUCAUACACCUUUUCAUUUUUUAGCCAAAUCUCACUUGUAGCCAAACCUCACAAACCUACAUUCAGAUCAGCUUUUUUGCACUGCUGGAGAACUUUGGUAGAAUUUAAUAACUUGGGUGAGAUCAGAAAUCAUAGGAGAGUUUCUUGUGUAAUCCUAGAAUCAAAGGUAGUAACUGCUCAUGACUUCUCUACUUGAGGAAAUCUGUGCUCAUGGCAGUUCCAAAUGACUGGGUGAUGGUUCUAAGUGUAAUAGUUUUGCUGUAAUUCGGUUGAAAUUGUGCUGCUUCUGAUGAAAGAAUUAUUUCUUCUGUAUAACCAUUUUCUAGAAUAUCUACAGCAGGAUCCUUGGACAUCUCUAACCCCAUUUGCCGGUUUUGGAAUAAGUCCUCAAGCCUCUCCUUUCCCUAAUGUGGCCUAAAAGAGAUUAGUCUGUCAAAUUAAGCAGAGAAAUCUGCAAGGAGCUGUCUGAACUGAAAAAAAAAACUUUAUGAAGAAAUCUUUUAAUGUCUAAUACAGCAACAAGUCUGUUUAUGCUUAUUUAACAAGUCUCCUUUAUGAUCAAGACAAAUCUAUCUGUCCAUCUGCUACUUGUGGUAGAGCUAAACAUACCAACACUGGAUAAAAUCUUACAGCACUGCUGGUAAGGUUCCUCACAGUCCUCAGUUAAAUACUUAAUGUGUGCUAUUAAGAUUUGGCCUAAAGCUUGUGUUUAUAUUCUGAACUGAAAGGGCACCUCACAGGAAUUCUGUUCAGAAUAAAAGGAAUCUCUUUUUGAAAAGGAGAUUAUCUAAAGCCUAAGUGGGAACCAGUUUUGCCAGUCCUGCCUGGCAAAGGAAGGAGAGCAGAGGGUGGAGGAUGGACAAAGAACAAGGAGUCCAGGUGGUGGAAAGGGACCCUGUGAAGCUCUGCAGAUAUAUUCCUGAAUUUGUCUGUGAAACAAAGAUGGAAACAGAGAGACAAGCCAUGGUGGGAAAGGGAAAGAAGAUUUGCAGCGUUAGUCUGUUGGAGAAACAAGGUGAACCUUGUCUCUCUACCUGAGACAAUGAAUCAUGAAAUUCAGGGAAAGGACUUUAGAGAACAAAGCCUACAGAAAGGCUCUGAAGGAGGGCAGAAAGAUGGAUUGACACAUUUAAUUUCCCUAAUAGUCAAAUAUUCCAUUAAUAUUUUAGAUUUCUGAGGUUUAUAGUACAAUAAAUAUAAGAGUGGCAUUUGUAUGUGCAGUGCCAUCUGAAAGACAGUGUGUGAGUCACUCAUACAGGGCCGGAAGAUUCGUUUUUGGAAAAGCAAGCCAUGAUUCUACUUUAUAAAUUUCUAAAAACUGAUUUUUUUUUUUUUUAUGUAAAGCAGGGAAUCCCAGCAGGAGAGAGCUUUUGGCACACAACAGAGACUUUUUGCAAGCCCAUAGAAAAGUGAGAAUUUUGGGAAAUGGAUCAAAGGCCAAUUUGGAUUUAAGACAGCCUAGUAUUUUAGGAAAACUGAAUUUAUCAACAUCACUGUGUUUUUCAAAUCCAGGUAAUUGGAUUUGGUAAUUCUGCUAUUGCCUUCAAGAGGGCCAGAUGUCUACCUCUAGAUUCUUAUUCAGCCUAAUUAGACCAUUUUUACAGAAGCUGUGGAGUUCCUACAUUUAAUGAGAAGGAGAAUAAUUUCCAGGUAACUAAAUCCAGUGGCUGUUUGGUUUGGAGACAGAAAUUAACCAUCUGAUAAACAGAGAUACCUCAGCGAAGGGCCUGAGGUGAUCGUGCACCACAGGGCCCUCCAUGUGAAAGGCAGAAUUUCAGACUGCCUCAGCAAAUAGAGGUUCUGGAGGAAAGAGAAGGGUCAGUUCAGACAAGGCUGCCAACUUUUUGAUUUUUGGGGUCUGCAGGCUCAGUACUGGAGCAGGCUGCGGCCCCAGCAGAGACAUUUUGAUGUCCUUGCAAUGGAGCCUUACAGAGUCAUCCAUGAUCUUGUGCCUCUCCAUAACUGCUUAUUUUCAUACUCCCAAACAAUAAGGAUUAUUCAUAACUGAGAUGAUCUCUUUUAAUUGUCAAAAGUAUUUUUGAGAUAAAUCAGGAAUUCUGUGGUGAUGUGAUAAAAGGGUAUCUACAGUAAAGAGAACGAGUUAUGUAAUACUUGAAGUUUUCCUCCUUUUAGGUGGAGUUUUGUUUAAUACCUGUCAUUCUACACCUGGGUUGAGGUUUAGGCAGAGCACCACCAGAAAUACUUGACUGUAUGAUGGGACAGGAGGAAGGAAAAUAAGGUUUACACUGUAAUGUCUGGGAGGGUCAUGUCUGAGCUGUGAUGGGUGUGUUUCCACUGAUGUGUAAAAGCUUUGAACUAUUCCAGAAACUUUCCAUUUUUCUCAGUCGAUAGAAGAGUCAGGAAAGAGGUGAUCUUGUCGUGGUUGGUGAGGGAAGGGUCCCCUACACACCCCAUAGUGAUCACUCAGUAAACAACGCUGUUCAUGUCCCCAGCACCUGGGCCAUGAGCCCUGAUGUGUCUGGGUGGCACCUGAGGAUGCUGGACCUGAACCAAGAGCACCACCCAACUCCCACGCUGCCCUCAGGGGCAGAGCAGUUGCACAGGCUUGAAGCAGAAUCAGCCCAAGGCUACUUUGGCUCUCAGUCAAUUUUAAAUUCCUUUUACAGUUACCAGGAGUUGGGAGCCCUCUGUCAGCUGGAAUUUGCACACAAUGUUUAUGCAAUGUUUAACAGCCCCUUAGAGGGUUCAUUACAAAGUCACCAGCCAUUUUCUGCAGG